UGUCUGCAGAAAGGUAAACGAAGUUAUUGUAAGAUAGACAAAACAUUGAACCUUUUAACCACUCCACUUUUUAAAGUUCUCAGUAGAGUAGGAAAGAAGUCAGAGAUACAACUAUUGACAAUUCUGAGAAAUGAAGAAAUAGCACAGAUGAGAAACUCAAUAAGAGAGAAAGAGAUGGUGGUGAGAGAACUGGAACGUAAAAUUGUUCAACUUGAACAACAUAAUAAGGAAUUGGGAGAUUUACUUAAAGAACUCAGGGAAGCUCAGAUCAAUAAUGGUGGAGCAAAUUCGGUGACAUCAAAGCUCCGCAACAAGCUUAGAUGGUUGGAAGAGGUGCAUAAACACUGCGCCUCAAUUGUCAAGUCUAAAGAAUCUCAAUGGGGUGAUCAAGUGGCGAAGAUGGAAGAAGAUAUUGUUACUUAUAAGUCUACACUGACCAACAAAGAACAAGAAAUAAGGGAGCUUCAGAUGGAAUUGGAAAAUUGUUAUUAUGCCAUUGAAGAGAAUCACUUGGGACUCUUGAUCUUUAAAUCUGAACUUGCUGAGGCUUACUCCAAAUCAUUCAGGGGUAGGGCAGACCCUGAUAAAGCAUUUGAUAUCAAAGAGAAUGAAUACAUGGUUCUAAUUUCUGCAGAGCAAUUGAGAGUGAAAGACAAGUUUGUAAAAACUAUGGCACAAGCUGCACAACAACACUCUCUGUUGGAGGAAGAGCUUAAACAACAAAAGAAAAAGCUCGAGGAAUCAUCUGAGGGUCAACUAAUCUUGGAAGAGAAACUACUGCAGAUGGAAUACACCGUACAAUAUGAAAGAAGUGCAGCAUUUGAGGCUCUAGAAGUGCUGGAACAGGAAAUAGCCAGUAAAAAUGAUGAAAUAUGUCGAUUAAAUUGUGAAGUACAGGAUUGGAACGCACUCUGCUGAAACCCUUAAAGUAUCCUAUGAACCAAGUUAUCAUUAUGAUUAUCAUAUAUCUAACAGACAGAAGACUUCUGGUGCUGAGGGGGAGCGUUUAAAAGAAGCAGCUAACAUCAAUAAAUCAUUAUCUACCUUGGGUCAUGUUAUUAUGAUACUAGUGGAUGUGGCAAAUGGGAAGCAGAGACAUAUCCC